UAGAAACCAAGUCAACCAAGGUCUUCAUCUCAUCUCUCCUCUCUCACUCUCCCUAUUCCGAUCCUGUCCUCCUCCUCCUCCGGCCAUCCAUGGAGUCUCUCCCCCACGACGCCCUCCACCACAUCUUCUCCCUCCUCCCCCUCCGCCAGAUCAUCAUCUGCCGCUGCGUCAGCAAACACCUCCACUCUCUCCUCACCUCCCCCUCCCACUCUCCUCCCCUCCCCCUCCUCGCCCUCCGCCCCCACCACCACCACCUCUCCUCCUCCCCUCCUUCCCUCCACGUCUUCGACCCCUCCCUCCGCCGCUGGCUCCGCCUCCCCCUCGACUUCCUCCUCCCCUUCCGCUCCCCCCACCCCGUCGCCGCCUCCUCCUCCGGCCUCCUCUUCCUCUGGGCCGACUCCCCCUCCUCCUCCAAGUCCCUCCUCCUCUGCAACCCCCUCACCCGCCUCUUCCGCCCCCUCCCCCCUCUCGGCUCCGCCUGGUCCCGCCACGGCUCCGUCCUCGUUGACUCCUCCUCCUCCGACGUCAUGGUCCUCACCGAGCUCGCCGCCCUCUACUUCUCCCCCUCCUCCCCCUCCCCCUCCAAUAAAUGGCUCAAAUUCUCCUCCAACCUCCCCUCCAAGCCCCGCAGCCCCAUCCUCACUUCCCACUCCGUCUUCGCCCUCUGCGACGUCGGCUCGCCGUGGCGCAGCCAGUGGAAGCUCUUCUGUUGCACCAUCUCCAAGCUCCGGAGCUCCCAGACCUGGACCACGCUCGACAAGCCGGCAUGGGGGGACGUUUUCGACAUCUUGAAACGGCCGAGGUUGGUGAAGGGCAACGCCGGCAAGAUACUGAUGGUUGGGGGACUGAAGUCUUCGUUCUCGCUCAACUCGGUGUGCUCGACGAUUCUGAUACUGAGGCUGGACUUGGAGAGCUGGGAGUGGGACGAGGCGGGGCGGAUGCCCGUGGAGAUGUUUAAGUGUUUUCAGGAGUGUAGUAAGUUCAAGGUGUUUGGUGGCGGCGACAGGGUGUGUUUUUCGGCCAAGAGGUUGGGGAAGUUGGCUUUGUGGGAUAAUGUUGGAGGGAAAGGAGAGUGGCAGUGGAUUGAGGGUCUUCCUGGGGGUGGUGAUGGGCUUUGCAGGGGCUUUGUUUUCGAAGCCAGGCUCACUCCGUUACCUUGAUCAGUCCGGUGAUGGUUUGAUGCUCAUUUUAGAGGCAAUUAUACUAUAAUUUGGUCAAGUUAGCCUGUUUCUCCUCUGGAAGGAGUCCUGCUU